AUGCCUUCCAACGAGUCUAUGGUCGCAUCGGGUUCGCGGACCUUCUGGUUCCGCGAUGCCAUCAUCUACCAAGUCUGGCCCGCAUCCUUCCGCGACAGCAACAACGAUGGUAUCGGUGAUAUCCAGGGUAUCAUCAUGAGCCUCGACUACAUCAAGUCGCUCGGCGUAAACACCAUCUGGCUCUCUCCCAUGUACGACUCUCCCCAGGUCGACAUGGGCUACGACAUUUCCGACUACGAGUCCGUCUACCCGCCUUACGGCACCGUCGCCGACAUGGAACAGCUCAUCAAGGAAUGCCACAACCGCGGUAUCAAGCUCCUGCUCGACCUCGUCGUCAACCACACCUCCGACCAGCACGCCUGGUUCAAGGAGUCGCGCAAGUCCAAGGACAGCCCCAAACGAGACUGGUACAUCUGGCGACCCGCCAAGUACGACGCCGAUGGCAACCGUCGCCCUCCCAACAACUGGCGUUCCAACUUCAACCAGCCCGCCUGGACCUGGGACGAGGCCACGCAGGAGUACUACCUCAACCUCUUCUGCCCCGAGCAGCCCGACCUGAACUGGACCAACGACGAAUGCCGCAAGACCAUCUACAAGAGCGCCAUGGAGUUCUGGCUCGAGAAGGGCGUCAACGGCUUCCGCGUCGACACGGUCAACAUGUACUCCAAGCCAAUGGACUUCCCCGACGCACCCAUCACCGACCCCGGUGCCGAGACCCAGCCCGCUGGUAUGGUCUACUGCAACGGUCCCAUGAUGCACACCUGGCUCAAGGAGAUGGGUGCCAUCCUCGAGCGAUACGAUGCAAUGACCGUCGGAGAGCUUCCCAACACGCCCAAGACAGCCGAUGUGGUGCGCUACGUCUCUGCGGCCGAGAACGAGCUGAGCCAAGUGUUCCAGUUCGACAUUGUCGAUCUCGGUCGUAACCCGGUCGACAUCAUGUCGUACGACGGCUACAAGCUGCCGGAGAUGAAGCGCGUCGUGGAAAAGUGGCAGCGUUUCACCGAGGGCAACGAUGCCUGGACCACCGUCUUCAUCGAGAACCACGAUCAGGGGCGAUCGAUCUCGCGCUUCGCUUCCGACAAACCCGAGCACAUUGCCGACUCCGGAAAGCUGCUGGCCCUCAUGAACAUGUCUCUCACCGGAACCGUCUACGUCUACCAAGGUCAGGAGAUCGGUAUGACCAACGUACCCAAAACCUGGGCUGCGGAAGAGUACCUCGACGUCAACAGCAUCAACUACCUCGCCGCUGUCAAGAAGCGCACCAACAACGACCCCAAGGCUCUGGCUAGAGCGCUUGCCGACGUCAACUUUUUGGGCCGCGACAACGCGAGAACUCCCGUUCAGUGGUCUUCCCAACCCAACGGCGGAUUCUCCUCCAACCCCGAGACGAAACCUUGGAUGAGGACCAACGACAACUACACGUCGAUCAACGUCGAAGUUCAGCAGAACGAUGCCUCCUCCGUGCUCAACUUUUACCGCAAAGCUAUCGCCGUCCGCAAGCAGCGCGCGUCGCUGCUCGGUCGAGGCGAAUUCAGACUGCUUGAGGAGGAGGACGAGAACCUGUUCAAGUUCGUCAAGAUCGCAGAUAGCGGCGAAAAAGCCUUCGUCGUGCUCAACUUUACCGACAAGCAGCAACAGUACGAGCUGCCCAAAGAGAUCGCUCAGGGCGCCGAGUUGGUGCUGGGUACCAGGAACGAUGGCGAGAAGGGAAGCCUGCGCGCCUACGAGGGCAGGCUGUACGUCGCUGCUGCUUAG